CCCAGCCCUAGGGCCAGUGUUUGCUCCUCGACCGACUCCUCUCACCCAGACUCGCCAUAUGAUGGACCGGUGGUCUCUCUGCGGCGGGACGUCACCGUGGCAACGGCCUCGUCUCGGAACAAGGUGGCGACCAGGCCCCCACUCCGCCGGCCCCUCAGCCUGGACGUGACGCCCCUGCGUCUCCGUGGCUCUGAGCCCAUGCUGGACCGCAGGGUCCUGCAGCCCCCCUGGCGUAGCGGUGGUGGUCCCUCCGCUGCCUCCUCGCCCCCAGCCCGCUCCCUCACCAGCCCCAGCCUGGGCCCCGGAGGCUGGAUGCGCCGCAGCGAGAGCACCUGUACCGUCAACAACUCCUCAAUGGGCCUCCGGGCCACCAGGGGGCGUAUGCGGCCAGCCACCUCCCUUCCCCACAUUGCCCGGGGGUUUGGAGGGGCCUCCACGCUGCCCUUGCCUUCCACGCCGCGGGGCCCCUGUCUCCUUGUGGCCCUCAGACCCGUUAACCUAGACCAGGAGAGGCAGGCCUUCUUCCAGUCUGACUAUAAAUACGACCCACAGUUUGAGUACUCGACCCCGGAGCCCAGCACUGUGCUGGAGAAAUACAGAGAGGGAUCUGGCCUCUUCCUCACACAGGCUGUUGGGAUUAUGGAGUGUAUUCUGAGGAAGUUUGGUAACUAUGAGAACUUUGAGGAGGUGACGGGAGGAAGUAUUUUACCGAAGAGUAGAGUCUGGGCUGCUGCACGCAAGUACCUGCAGAAGGAGAACUGUGUAGGAGAGGUGGUGGUGUGUCUGUCUGAGGAGCUGCUGUCGCAGGCUGUGAUGAUGGUGGAGAGUUGUCGUCCCACUCUGACUAUCAACCUGUCUGGAGCACGACAACACUGGCUGGAGGGCAUGUUCAGGCAUGAGAUAGGAACCCACUACCUUCGGGGUGUGAACAACAACCUGCAGCCCUGGUCCACUUCCGCAGGCAGGAAGCAGUAUGGCCUGAAACCGGCCAAUCCCACGGAAGAGGGCCUGGCAAGCCUGCACAGUGUGUUGCUACGGAAACAGCCCUACCUGUGGCGCGCCGCUCUGCUCUACUAUACGGUGUACCACGCCGCCAGGAUGAGCUUCAGCCAGCUCUUCAGCCACAUCGCUCAGUUCGUCCAGGAUCCCGCGGUGCGCUGGGAGUACUGCCUCAGAGCCAAGAGGGGACAGACGGACACCUCGCAGCCUGGCUGUUUCAGUAAAGAUCAGGUGUACCUGGACGGAAUCCUCAGGAUUCUACGACAUCGGAGGAACAUCGACUUCAAGAUGUUGACCUCGCUAGGAAAGGUGUCGUUUGAGGAUGUGGAAAGGCUGCGGCACGCCGUCCUCCGCCGGACCAGAAUCCCUCACUUCAUGCAGGACCAGGAGAAAUACCUUCAGCAUCUGGACCACAUCGUCACGGUCAACGAACUGAGCGACGCUCAGCUUAGAGAACUCCUUCCCUGACCAACCGACCUUCAGCUGUGCGCGGUAGAUCACCUGCUGGGAGUCAACGAAGGUGGCGAUUCAACGUGUAGAAUGGUUGGGAAAUUCAUAGAAAAUGGCGGCUGAUGUUCGGUGGUCAGAGGCGUUAAGAAUGGUUACCUGCUGCCGAUUACCUCUGGUCAGCGAGGUCUGUUUUCCCCUUGACUGACUGACUCCCUCUGGUCUAGACUGGCCAUACCAUCCUUGACUGACCAAACUCCCUCUGGUCUAGACCUAACCCUAAUCCUCCCAAGUGUCAUUCAUCACCCUGCUGUUGGAAAGCCCUGGAAAUGAAGGCUAGUGUUCCGACAGACAGAG